UCACAACACGAUGCGGCUACACUAGCUUCUACACGAGACUAGUCGGGACUUACGGGAAUGGUGUGCCGGACAGGUGUAAGUCGGGCUUGUGAAAAGGAAAAGUUCAUCAUGUCUUUUUGUCAGGGAGGGGAUAUAAAGCAUGACGGCUCGGCCUUGAAACUCUCCUGGUCUAGUUCCUCCAGGACAGGGACGACUACAGAGUCGUCAAGUUGCCCAACAUGAUUCUCCCCACCAAGGCCUCCCUCGGGGGCUUCUUCGACCCUUCUCAUCUCACAAAUGCAUCUCCCAAGACGAUCAUCCUCAUCACCAUCUCCCUCCUCGUUGUCUACUACAUCACCUCCUCCGUCCUCGCCUGGUACCGCCUGCGUCACUUCGACGGCCCAUGGCUCGGCAAAUUCUCCUACCUCUGGAUCUUCAAGAUCAUCCACUCGGGCCAAAUGGGUGAAGAAGCCCAUGCCGCUCAAGACAAGUACGGCGGCGUCGAGCCCGGCUACCCGUCCACCGUGCGCAUCGGCCCCUCGGACCUCAUGACCACCGAACUCGACCUGAUUCGGCGCAUGUCCGGCGCGCGCUCGCGCUACGUCCGUUCGAACUGGUACAAGCUCAACCGCCUCGAUCCUUAUGACGAUAACAUGUUCAGCACCACCUCUACCACCUACCACGACAAGCUCAAGAGCAAGAUGGCUCCCGGCUACUCAGGCAGGGAUAACACCGGCGUGGAGAGGGAUAUCGACUACGUGAUCAGCAAGCUUGUCGACAAGAUCAGGGCCAAGUACGCUGCCCCCAAGGGGUCGACAUCACCAGCGGGGAGGGAAAUGUUGGAGUUCGGCCAGAUGGUGCAGUAUUUCACGCUGGAUGUUAUCUGCAAGACGGCGUUCCAGAUCGAGUUUGAUCAUAUCACCAAGGAGGAGGACGUGUUUGGGUAUAUCUACAUGGUCCACAAUCUGGUCUAUGCUAACGCCAUGGGGGCAACUAUCCCCAUGGUCGGGAAGAUUUUGAGCAAUCCGUUGUUCCUGAAGAUCUUUGGACCGACGACGAAAGAUCCGAGGGGGAUGGGGUUGAUCAUGAAGGUCGCUCGAGAAAUCGUCACCAAACGUUUUGCUCCUGACGCCAAAGACCAGCAGGACAUGCUCGGCUCCUUCAUCCGCCGCGGCCUCACCCAACGCCAAUGCGAAACCGAAUCCAUCUUCCAAAUCCUCGCCGGCUCCGACACCACCGCUACCGGCAUCCGCUCCGGCCUGCUCUACCUCUGCUCCAACCCGCGCGCCUACACGCGUCUACAGCGCGAAAUCGACGAAAGCAUCGCAUCCGGUCUCAUCUCCUCCCCUUGCAUCACCAACUCCGAAUCCCUCUCUUUCCCUUACCUCCAAGCGGUAAUCUACGAGUCCCUGCGCAUGCGCCCUCCCUUCGACGGACUUCCGUUCAAGAUCGUGCCGCCUGAGGGCGAUCACACCCGCGACGGAAGAUUCAUCCCCGGUGGAACGAAGAUUACGGCUACGUUUGGCGCGAUGCAGAGGAAUAAGGAGGUAUUUGGCGUCGAUAGUGAUGUCUGGAGACCGGAGAGGUGGUUGGAGGAGGAGGGGUGUGAUGCGGAACGCAGGAGGGAGAUGAAGAGCGUGGUGGAGAUGGUGUUUGGGUAUGGGAGGUGGCAGUGCGCGGGCAAGAUGGUGGCGUUGCUGGAGUUGAAUAAGAUUUUUUGCCAGCUCAUUCGGAACUUCGAUUUCCAACUCGCCAACCCUACGCAACCGUGGAAGAGCCGCAACUAUCACAUCUUCUUCCAUGACGACUUUUACAUGACUGUUACGGACAGGCACAGCAAGACGGAGGAAGAGAAGUCUGGCUAGAAGCCUGUCGAGAUGGACCAAGAAAUACGCAAAUGAUAAUAGUUCAGUUCCACAUUUUGUUCCCUUUUCUGAUGUCCUUCCUCGCACGCAUUCCAUUCACGUUGGAGUUCAUGAUACUGUCCCUCCUCGACUUCCUGCUAGGCCGAUGGGCUGCCUCAGACGGCAAAACACCUAGAGCUUCUCAGUCGCUGAGAUCUUCCCCACUGUCAUCUGUCAUUGCCUGUUUACGAGCAGCUGAGCAGGAUCCACAUCAGAAUCGAUGUCAUCUGUCCCUCACAG